GCGGCCGCUCAGCGUAGGUAGGCGGAGCUUUCUAGAGUGUCAUGGCGGCGCCCAUGUCUGUGUGACAGCGCCCUGUCAGGCCGGUCGGUAGAGGUGAUUCCCGGGUGCGAGCGGCCUGUCCUCCCCGGACACAGACACGCAGGAGAUGGGGACCGUGCACGCCCGGAGUUUGGACCCGCUGCCUAUGAGUGGCCCCGACUUUGGACCAUCAGGAGAUGAUGCAGACCUGGUCGAAGUGGAACCGCAGAAAAAGCAAGAAAUUCUAGAAAACAGAGAUGUGGUGGUUCAACACGUGCACUUUGAUGGUCUUGGAAGGACAAAAGAUGACCUCGUUAUCUAUGAAAUUGCUGACGUCUUUAAGGCUAAAAAUCUCAUCGAAGUGAUGAGGAAAUCCCAUGAAGCCAGGGAGCGACUACUCCGUAUGGGAAUAUUCAGACAGGUGGAAGUCUUGAUCGAUACUUCUCAAGGCGAGGAAGCCCUUCCCAAUGGCUUGGAUGUCACCUUUGAGGUCACUGAGUUGCGGAGGUUGACAGGGAGUUAUAAUACAAUGGUUGGCAAUAAUGAAGGCAGCAUGGUUCUUGGGCUUAAAUUUCCUAAUCUCUUUGGACGCGCCGAGAAAACGACUUUCCAGUUCUCCUACGGGACAAAGGAAACCUCGUAUGGCUUGUCCUUCUUCAAACCACAAGUUGGGAACUUUGACAGAAAUUUUUCUGUCAACCUGUACAAAGUGACCGGUCAGUUCCCGUGGAGCUCGUUACGAGAGACGGAUCGUGGAGUGUCCACCGAAGUCAACUUCCCUAUCUGGAAAACCAACCACACGUUGAAGUGGGAGGGUGUCUGGCGUGAGCUCGGGUGCCUGGCGAGGACGGCGUCUUUUGCCAUUCGGGAGGAGAGCGGACAUUCCCUCAAGUCAUCUUUAUCCCACUCGAUGGUUAUCGAUUCUCGGAAUUCUUCAAUCCUGCCGAAAAGAGGUGCCUUGCUGAAAGUCAAUCAGGAACUGGCUGGAUAUACCGGCGGAGAUGUCAGCUUCCUGAAGGAGGACUUUGAGCUGCAACUGAACAAACAACUUUCAUGGGACUCUGUGCUCUCGGCCUCUUUGUGGGGGGGGAUGCUGGUGCCCAUCGGAGAGAAACCCUCCAGUAUCGCUGACCGGUUUUAUCUGGGUGGGCCGACGAGCGUGCGCGGCUUCAGCAUGUACAGCAUCGGCCCGCAGAGCGAGGGUGAUUAUCUGGGAGGAGAGGCAUAUUGGGCGGGAGGCCUGCACCUCUACACCCCUCUGCCAUUCCGUCCAGGACGGGGAGGUUUCGGGGACCUCUUCCGAACCCACUUCUUUCUGAAUGCCGGCAAUCUCUGCAAUUUAAAUUACGGGGAAGGACCCAAAGCUCACCUGCGCAAGCUGGCCGAGUGUAUCCGCUGGUCGUACGGAGCCGGGAUCGUCCUCCGCCUGGGAAACAUCGCAAGACUGGAGCUCAACUACUGCAUACCCAUGGGGGUCCAAAGCGGAGACAGGAUAUGCGACGGGGUGCAGUUCGGAGCUGGAAUAAAAUUCCUCUAAAUCCCGGAUAACAGCAGCGAUUCCGAAAUAACUCUCGGCACGCGGAGAUUUGCCCCUUUUUGGCGGAGUAUAAUUUCCACGUUUAUUCCGCCCCACCGCGUUGUCAAAAAACGGCAGUAUUGCACUUUGGGUGAUUUUGCAAAAAAAAAAUACAUUUGCCUUUUACCCUGACCUCUGACCUUUAUUAUUGUGUUUAUUUACAUCAAAAAGUGUUUAACGAUAAACCCGUUCGCUUUCCUCUGA